AUGACAUCGAUGUUGUACAGUGAAGGACGUGAACCGCAAUUCAUCAAAAUUCAAGACUAUGUGAAGUGGAAGAAGAGCGUGAACGUACAACUUGGCCUGAACGAUGUGGACUUGGACAUGCAGGAAACCAAGUUCAAGGAACAUUUUGCGCUAUGGAAGCUGAACAAACGUGGUGUCGACGGGGAAAACAUCAUUCAUUUACUGCUGAACAGAGAAGAACAAGUCUGCUAUGAGAUUGCCCGAAUCCUGCUCAAACGAUAUCCAGGCUUGGCCAACGAUAUCUAUAUGGGUGACGAGAUGUUCGGCCAAUCAGCUUUGCAUUUGGCGAUCGUGCACGACGACUACGAGACCGUUCAACUGCUGCUGGCCAAUAACGCUGAUGUGAAUGCACGUGCCUGUGGAAACUUCUUCCUCCCGGAAGACUUCAAAGCGACUAACAAGGUCACUGACUAUCAAGGUUACGCCUACUAUGGCGAGUAUCCGCUGGCGUUUGCCGCAUGUUUCGCCAACAAAGACAUCUACGAUCUGCUGAUUCAGUAUGGAGCGAAUCCGAACCUGCAAGACUCGUUUGGGAACACCAUACUUCAUAUGUGUGUCAUCAGCUACAGCAUCUAUGUACUCGUAUGCGGUACGACAUUGGGCGAGAAGCCAGCCGAUCCACAUGUCGUCAACUACGCGGGUCUCACACCGCUCACUCUUGCCACAAAACUCGGACGAAAGCAUAUUUUCGAGGAGAUGUUGGAGUUGAUUGAAAGUGACUACGAUUCCGCUUUGAUGACCGUCAUCAAUGGCAGUACAGCAGAGCAUUUAGACAUGAUCGGUAGCGAGGUGAUCCAGCGUCUUCUCGCCGACAAAUGGAAAGCUUUUGCAAUGGUGCGUUUUGUCACGUACACAUGGCGUCAUUUCUCAUAG